UUACUGAAAUGAAAACGAAAGUAAGCAGAGAUGGAUACCGCUGUCAGACUGGUUGGCAGUUACACUUCUCGUGAUAAAUUUAUCAGGCUUUGUCAGUACAUCUUGAAAUUUUUGGCUGGUCAGCAGAAGACUAACGCUGGGAUUAGGCUUGGUAUUAUUUCAUCGGAGCUAGGGGCUUGUCGUACCGUGUUGAGAUUGUUUGACGAUGUGCCUAUGUUUGCGUACUCCCUUUCUUACGGGUUAGGUAGAAAGGAAAAAAACACAUGGCUUCGUUGUUUACAGCUACUCGGCAACCUGGCAAACCAGGUGUACUACCCGUUGGAGCAUAUAGCUUGGUUAGCGGACAGAAAGAUCCUGGAAAGGAACUCUGGACCAUGGGGACUAGCCUGCCUUGUAGCAUGGGCAGUGUCUCUUUUAACUGAGAUUUUCAAGUCAAUAUUACAAAUACGGCUGAUCAGACGUGCACAGAUCCAACUGCUUAAAGAGAGGGAGCUGGAAGCACAGGAAGAGAGAGAAACAGCUGAGAUGUCAACUAGUCUUAAAGGUCAAAUCAAAGUACUGAAGUCACAGGAGCGGGAGCUGUAUCUGGCAGUUAUAGAACACUUAACAGACCUUGUCAAUGCCAUCAACUGGCUGCCACCAGGAUUCUUGUGGUCUGGCAAGUUUUCUGCUAGAUUCACAGGUGCCAUGGGAACAAUUUCGUCAGCUAUAAAGUUGUACAGGUUUCAUAAAAGGACUGAUAGCUCCUGAAUGUAGCAUUAUUCAUAGUUUGAAACAAAAGCAGAUCAUGGGAUGUGUUUGUUUUAAAAUGUAAGAAGUUGUCUGGUACUCAUAACCGAGCUUUUUAAAUGUAAUGUAAACUUUUAAAUCAUUGGUAGGUGUUUCAUACUUCAUUCACAUUGAAACACCAAAUUAUGUUUUACUGUGAAUAAUAGAAUUAUCCUGAGCAAUAGUUUGUGUUACAUACAUGUAUUGUGAUUAUUUUGUGCCAUUAUAAUUGUGGUCUGCCACUGGAUCAGCCUUUGUUUUUGUUUUCUUUAAUUUACAUUAUCUGUCACAAGUACAAUGUUAGUUCAAUGUGUUUUAAUUAUCUCAAUUAUAUCAAGUUAUUUUCAGAGCACUACUAAAUGAAUGUGGAAAGAGCCAUUUUUAACGAAAACCUGGUUAUUAUAAUGAUGUGUGUCAUUGGGCUAAUAUCUUCAAAUGGUGAUGUACAGGCUCUCUGUUUGACUAAUAUUCCCCAAUAAUGAUGUACGGGCUCUCUGUUAGGCUAAUAUUCCCCAAUAAUGAUGUACGGGCGCUGUUAGGCUAAUUUUCCCCAAUAAUGAUGUACGGGCUCUCUGUUUGGCUAAUAUUCCCCAAUAAUGAUGUACGGGCUCUCUGUUUGGCUAAUUUUCCCCAAUAAUGAUGUACGGGCUCUCUGUUUGGCUAAUAUUCCCCAAUAAUGAUGUACGGGCUCUCUGUUAGGCUAAUUUUCCCCAAUAAUGAUGUACGGGCUCUCUGUUAGGCUAAUAUUCCCCAAUAAUGAUGUAUGGGCCCUCUGUUAGGCUAAUUUUCCCCAAUAAUGAUGUAUGGGCCCUCUGUUAGGCUAAUUUUCCCCAAUAAUGAUGUAUGGGCGCUCUGUUUGGCUAAUAUUACCCAAUAAUGAUGUACGGGCGCUCUGUUUGGCUAAUAUUACCCAAUAAUGAUGUACGGGCGCUCUGUUUGGCUAAUAUUACCCAAUAAUGAUGUACGGUCUCUCUGUUAGGCUAAUAUUCCCCAAUAAUGAUGUACGGGCGCUGUUAGGCUAAUUUUCCCCAAUAAUGAUGUACAGGCGCUCUGUUUGGCUAAUAUUACCCAAUAAUGAUGUACGGGCUCUCUGUUAGGCUAAUAUUCCCCAAUAAUGAUGUACGGGCGCUCUGUUUGGCUAAUAUUCCCCAAUAAUGAUGUACAGGCUCUCUGUUUGGCUAAUAUUCCCCAAUAAUGAUGUAUGGGCGCUCUGUUUGGCUAAUAUUACCCAAUAAUGAUGUACGGGCGCUCUGUUUGGCUAAUAUUACCCAUUAAUGAUGUACGGGUGCUCUGUUUGGCUAAUAUUACCCAAUAAUGAUGUACGGUCUCUCUGUUAGGCUAAUAUUCCCCAAUAAUGAUGUACGGGCGCUGUUAGGCUAAUUUUCCCCAAUAAUGAUGUACAGGCGCUCUGUUUGGCUAAUAUUCCCCAAUAAUGAUGUACGGGCUCUCUGUUUGGCUAAUAUUUUCAUAAACUGAUGUACGGGCUCUCUGUUAGGCUAAUAUUCCCCAAUAAUGAUGUACGGGCUCUCUGUUUGGCUAAUAUUUUCAUAAACUGAUGUACGGACUCUCUGUUAGGCUAAUAUUCCCCAAUAAUGAUGUACCGGCUCUCUGUUUGGCUAAUAUUUUCAUAAACUGAUGUACGGGCUCUCUGUUAGGCUAAUAUUCCCCAAUAAUGAUGUACGGGCUCUCUGUUUGGCUAAUAUUUUCAUAAACUGAUGUACGGGCUCUCUGUUAGGCUAAUAUUCCCCAAUAAUGAUGUACGGGCUCUCUGUUUGGCUAAUAUUACCCAAUAAUGAUGUACGGGCUCUCUGUUUGGCUAAUAUUCCCCAAUAAUGAUGUACGGGCUCUCUGUUUGG